UAUUGCCUUGAGCAGCAAACCAACUCACCACUCCUGACACUAUGAGCUACUACGGCAACUACUACGGAGGCCUGGGCUAUGGCUGUGGAGGCUUCGGUGGCCUGGGCUAUGGCUGUGGAGGCUUCGGUGGCCUGGGCUGUGGCUAUGGCUGUGGAUGUGGCAGCUUCCGCAGAGUGGGCUAUGGCUGUGGCUGUGAAGGCUACGGAUAUGGCUCUGGCUUCGGAGGCUAUGGAUACCGCUGCUGCCGCCCCUCAUGCUAUGCAGGAUAUGGAUUCUCUGGAUAUUAUUGAAAUCCUUCCCUGACAAUCAAACAUGAGAGGCCAUGAGAAGGUCACCCAACUGCAAUAUUGACUGCAAUAACAAACAAACAAGGUCACCCUGGAUCAAGCCAAGAUAAAGAGCAGUUAGCAUCUAAGAGUUUUAAGAAUAUCUAUCAUUCCACAAUUCGUUGCUUCAUGUCUCUGGAUGUGUCUUACAUGUACCUUUCUAGCUGUGGGGUUUCUCUGUUUCUUUUCCAAUAAAUAAUGCUAACUUAAAGCAAA